AAGAAGAAGAGACAAAAACGACGUAGUUUUGGACCCAGGUCCACAGCAUAAUUUGCCCUAUCUCUACUCUCUCUCUCCCGUCUCCACUUAGCUCCACCGGCGGUCGGCCUUAAAUUAGUCUUCUCCAUUUGGCGUCUGCUACUUUGCUCCGUUUCCCUUCGGAUUUCCUAAUCCGCAACCCUAACCAAACCAAACAUCAGAGCUGAAGAAUAGAACGAUUUUAGGUUUUGAUUUCGAGUGGCGCCUCAAUGUUCUUUCAAUUUAAUGGCUCGGAAACUCAAAACCGUAGCAGAUGCAAGUAGGGAUUUAAUAAGUGAGCUGCCGGUAGAGGGACAGAAUAUUGGAGCGUUUGCCCACCCGAGACGCCGCCACAACUGCUCUACUCUCAAGGAACUGGAAUCAUUUUUGGUUGCAGCAUGAGCGGCUUGCAUUGGAUGAGGAAUUCGUGCAAAGUUUCCAACAGUCCAAAGAUGAUGAAGGUAGAACCAUCGUCAACAUAAUCAAUAAUAUCCUCUUUUCCCGUGCUGGGCCUGUUAGGAAAUUUACUCUAGAGAUAAACGCUGAAUGUGAUCCUUCGCCGUUGCCGCAGCAAUCUGGUAUUGAUAGGUGGUGUCUUUUUCUGUCAAAGAAAUGGUGCGGAGGAACUUAACUUAUAUUUAUUAUGUGAUGUAGAGCAAGAUUAUCAGCUGCCAUUUUGUUUACUCUCUUGCAAUUAAGAAACUGAUAGUCCAAGUUCCUUUUAUUAAUUUGCCUGUAAAUGAUUGUGGUUUAUUUUCCAAUGUCGCUUCAUUAGCUUUCUUCAAUGUUGUAUUUAACCGCAGUGUUAAUGGAAUUGCCUCUAGUAUUAGUAUUCCUAAGCUUGAAAAGCUGGCUCUCCAUUAUUGUGGAGGUAUGAAUAAAUUUGAGAUCUGCCCUCCACGGCUUGCAAUCUUGUCUGUUAUUGAUCCUAUUGAUGAUUACUUUUAUUCGAGAUGGUUGGCACCGCAUUUGAAAGCUAUUAAGACUCUUUGGUUGUGUGGCUCUUCAUUGUCGUGUAUGCGUGUAUCUAUGUUUCCAACUGCAAUAAAUCUGCGAGUGCUGAAGCUAUAUGAAUUAGAUUUUCGGUGUCGGAAGCAGCUCAUCAUUUCUAUGCAAUUGCUUCAAAAAUGCCCCAACCUAUGUGAACUAUGGAUUAUGGCUUAUGAGUUUUGUGGGAAGGAUGACCAAGAAGCUGCUUCAAGGCUUUUGGAGGAUCAAAACAGUUGCUUAUUUAUUCAAGAGCUGCAUAUGCUUAACACAAUUAAGAUUGAAGCAUUUAUUGAUCAAUCCGCACUCGAAAUGCUUUUUGUGAAAACGCUGCUCUCAAAAUCCCCUGCGCUAGAGAGAGUUGUUAUUGUGGAGUCUUUGCGUAAGAAUGCCUCUGAGGUGUUGAGAAAAAUCCAAGGGAAGUUGGAAUGCUUCCCUCGUGCAUCUCCAAAUGCACAAAUUGUCUGCACUGGUGCACGUAUGAGUGAGGACUGGAUGGAUACCCAUGGUGUUAGGCUUUAUUAAUGAUGUGUAACCAUCCAGAUCCUCCAAAAGGCUUGAAGCAGCUUCUAUGUGUUUGAAAAUAAAGUGAUCAUUCUUGAA